AUGCCAAAACCAGUAAAGCAAGAAGAUCUAGAUUUCGUUUCUUGUGAAAACGAUCGCUACGAAAGUGAAAUAUUUAAAUGGAAAAAUGAUCGGUUAGUUGAGGCCAUAAUACAAGAAGAGCUUGAAUUUGAAAAAGAGACUUAUAAAGCCAAAGCAAUUGCACAUAAAAAAUAUGAAGCAGCGGAACAGAAGCGUUUAAAUGCUGAUAAAGAAUGGCAAAAAUACUGGGAACAACUUGAAAGGAAACGGCAGUUUGAAUCAGAGCAGGCUAGGUGGAGGCAAAUGGCUGAAGAAUAUGAUCGUAAGAUUAAAGCACUAAAGCAAGCCGAAGAAGAUCGAAAAAAAAGGGAGGAAGAGGCAAAAAGACAGGAAAUACUUAGGAUACAAAAUAAAAAACUGGAGCAGGAGGCUGCAUUGGCUGAAGAAAAGAGGAAAAAAGAAGAGGCUCUAAAAGCUGCGGAAAACGCCAAGAAAGUUCAAGAUAAUGCCAAAACUGUGGCCAAUGAUAAUACUAAAAAUAUUGUUACAGACGAAAUUUUGAAACAAGAACAACUUUAUCGCAAUAUGCUCAAAACUAUACAUGAUAAAUUUUCAAAAAAUCCUCAACUGAAAUCUGCGACUACUGAAGCGAGAAAAAAUAUCACAUUAGGAUUAAACAUUCUUACGAAUGGUCGUGCGGAAAUUAUCAAAAUUGCUACUCAAUUUGAUGCAAUGCUGAGAAACAAUAAAAACAAUUCGGAUGUUUACUAUUUUCUAAUCAAUUAUAUUGCCAAAGGAGUAGUGAAACAUGCUGAAAUUGAUGUAGUGUCUAAGGAAUCUGCUGCAUUCCCUUUUGCCCAUUUGUGUGUGUUGAUUUGUACGCAGCAUACAGAAUUCAUGGAGUUUUUAAUGACUCGCCUCGUUAAAAAAUGUCCAUAUGUUUUACCACGCUAUUAUUCCCGUCAGGCCAAUCAAAGUCUGGAGGAAUAUAAGAAACAAAUGUCAUAUAAGCCAAAUGAAGAUGAAGAUGCCUAUGUUAAUCGAAUGUGUGCAAUUGUAGCUCUAUAUUGUGCAAUAAUGCAAACACAACCUUUAUAUCCUAAUCUUAAAAAUCCAUAUGGCAUUGAUAAUGCUUGGACAUAUCUAGCACGUUUAAUGAAUUUGAGGCCACAAAAAAUUACGCCAUCACUUCUUUAUAUUUGCUUAAAGAUUACUGGUUCGAGUCUUCUUCGUGCAUAUAAUCAGCAUGCACUGAAAUUAUUUUCUGUUGUUUAUAAGAGUUAUGUUCAAAAGCCUCCUUUAGAAGUUAAUUCAUUGUUGACAAGUGCGCCAGCUGCAAUGUCCAGAUUACGAACAUUACUUGAGGAUGCAUCUAAAAAAGGACAAUUUCCAGUUCCAGAAGGGCAAACUCCUGACUAA